GCUGGUGACUGCAUGCUUGGAUUUCAUGUUGCAGUCCAUGGGCAUCACCGAGGGCGAAAUCAAAGCUGCUGCUCCGGGGACGUACAAGACGCAUAUAGAUCAAAUUUCCGCGAAGGGUAACAAGACGGUCAAGGAUGCAUUCGCUGCUGUCUUCAGGGCCAAAGUGGAGGGGGCCAAGCCAGCGUCUGCGGCCGACCGUGGUCGCGUGGACAAGAUCAUGGUGGGUGCCUCGAAGGGUGGCCUUGCGAACAUCAAGAACGAGCAGGUGACGGUUGCCGUCGUUACCAACUCCGAUGGACAGGUCCUAACGACGUUUCAGGGGUCCGUGGUUUCCCACCCUCCGGGCACAUUCUCAAUCGUCGUUGGGCUUACGCGUCAGGAUAACCAAAACGCACGCCAAGAGCUGAGGGGUUGGAUCGAAAAAGCUAAUGAGGAUCUUGAGAAGGAAGAGGAAACCUCAGAGUUAAAGGCCGAUCCCAUCAGCACCAACUUCCCGAAGCUCCUUUGGAGGUUCUACGCGGCUACCUUCGAUGAUGAAGGUAAAAAACAACCGUCGCUCCAGGAUGUGGACUGGAAUGGUGUGCCUCAAGGGAUUAAGCUCAUAGGAAGGGAAGGCAUGGAAGGAGUGCUCUCCUUUAAGGCGUUGCCGCCAAUGCAGCCUCGGUAGGGUGCCCCUUGGAUUUAAGCCUUUUCGGCUUCAAUCUCGGCGAAGAGCUUCUCGGCGUCCAAACCCUCCGAGGUCUCGAUUUGUAUAUAAAACCUUAAACCCUCACAGCCUC